UCUUGAGUAAUUUCGCUCAAAUCGCACUACACCGCAGUUCAUUUUAUCAAACCAGUUCCUCGAGAUUGAAGCUAUCUAUUUGAACAUCCUAUUCCCGUAAAUGGCAUCAUAUUAUAGUUAAACUCCGACCAUUCUGCAAUUCAUCCAAGGGUAUAUUUUUUGGAAAAUGAAUCAUCUGCUAACAAUUUUGAGCCUCGUGUUCGAUAUAAUCAACAGAGGAAAUCUGGAGUCACCACCAUGUGUUGAAAGCCUAACCACAGCCAGCGGCACAUCCGCCCCGAAAGGAAAAAUAUGCUCUGGUGACCUGAUAUUUCAAGAUCAUUUCGAAAAUUUCGAUCUUGACAUCUGGCAACACGAACAGACCCUUGGAGGUGGAGGGAAUUGGGAAUUCCAGUGGUACACUAACAAUAGGACGAUUAGUUAUAUGGAUGAAAAUGACAUAUUGAUGAUAAAACCAAGACUUUUAGCAGAUGACGUGGGUGAAAAAUUUUUAUAUUCCGGUACCCUAGAUAUCAACGGGGGUUCUCCAGCUGAUGAAUGUACGAAUCCUGCUUGGUAUGGUUGUUCCAGAACAGGCAGCCAAGCCACAGUACUUAACCCUAUAAAAAGUGCUAGGAUUAGAACCCUUAAUUCGUUUCGCUUCAAAUAUGGCAAACUUGAGGCUAAAAUCAAGCUUCCAGCAGGCGAUUGGCUUUGGCCAGCUCUGUGGUUAUUACCACGAAGCAACCAGUAUGGCGGCUGGCCAUCAUCUGGCGAAAUCGACAUAGUGGAAAGCAGAGGCAACAGGGACCUAACCGACUCUACAGGCAAACAUAUAGGCACCAAACUCGCCUCCAGCACCCUCCAUUGGGGCCCAACCUACUCCAUGAAUAAAUACUCCAAGACGCACUACGAGCAGACAAGUUACGAAGGUUUCGACCAGGAGUGGCACCUGUAUCAGAUGGAAUGGACCCCGACCAACAUCACAUUCAAGAUCGACAACGAACCCAUCGGGACCAUAUCCCCCCCAGAGGGGGGUUUCUGGGAGCUGGGCGACUUCAACGAAACGAACAUGUUGAAUCCAUGGAGGAGUGGAAAUAGGAUAGCUCCUUUCGAUCGAGAAUUUUACAUCGUUAUCAAUCUAGCGGUAGGGGGGACGAAUUUCUUUCCCGAUGAUGCUAAGAAUGGGGGAGGGAAGAAACCGUGGAGUAAUAAGUCCCCCAGGGCAAGCGGUGAAUUUUGGGAGGGUAGACAGACCUGGUUGCCAACGUGGAAAAUGGACACUGAUGAUCAGGCCUUCAAGAUUGAUUAUGUCAAAGUUUGGGCACUUUGAGAAAAUCUUCCUUUCGAAUUAGAAAAUAAUCUGGAAACUCAUUACAUUUCGCGUUUAUCUUCAUUCUGACACACUUAUCACAUUAAUCUAGAUGAUAGAUUUCAAACGUAGCAGGCUCGCUUCCUAUGUAAAUAAAUCAAUAUAAAUUUUUCACUAUAA